UCGGAGGCACGAGUGACAGUCUCACGCCCAAAUACACUCUCCUCUACUGAAUUGCGACCCCUACUCUACUCUGCUUACUUGCAAUUCAUAGACAGUAGCAGUGUUUUCCAGAUAGAUGCCGGUUGCUCCCACCCAAACCGCCAAAAUGCUGGAGCGCGCCGUCUCUUCUCGGCGAGCCUCGCCUCACAACGACGACGACGACGCCGACGCCGACGCGGCGGCGGCGGCGGAUGAGUCCAAGACCAAGAGGCACCUCCCUUUCUCCUUCUUCACCACUCGCCUCACCUUCUACUUUGCCCGAUUGGGUCCUCUCUGGCCCUGCGUCGCCGCUCUCUCUCUCGCCCUCAUUCUCAUCUUCUCUCUAGCCUUCCACUCCCGGACCUUCGUCUGCGUCUCUCCUCACGACCCCGUUUACCGAUCCGGUUUCUUCGGCUUCGACGCUCUCGAAUCCGAUUUCGGAUCCCUCGGCGUCCCCUGGUGCAGAUCGAAACAUGGAAAAACGGUAGAAUGGACAUCUAAGGAUCUACUCAAGGGCUUGGAAGAGUUUGUGCCGAUAUACGAAACCCGGCCAAUUAAAAACAACAUGUAUGGCAUGGGAUUUGACCACAGCUUUGGGCUUUGGUUCAUUGCUCGGUGGCUGAAGCUGGAUCUGAUGAUUGAGAGUGGCGCUUUCAAGGGCCACUCCACUUGGGUUUUGCGGCAAGCGAUGCCGGAAACACGGAUUAUUUCUAUUACACCUCGGCAUCCUGAGAAGUAUCUAAAGAAGGGGCCUGCGUAUGUUGAUGGAAACUGCACAUACUUUGCUGGAAAGGACUUUGUAGAUUUUGGAAGCAUUGAUUGGGGAAAGGUGAUGAAAAAACAUGGGAUUACUGAUCUUAGUCGGGUUCUCAUUUUCUUUGAUGACCAUCAGAAUGAAUUAAAAAGAAUAAGGCAGGCUCUAGAAGCUGGCUUUCGGCAUAUAGUCUUUGAGGAUAACUAUGAUACUGGGACGGGAGACCAUUAUUCCUUGAGGCACAUUUGCGAUCAGUCCUAUAUAAGAGGAGGUGGCCAUAGCUGCUUUAAAGACAGUGAUGAAGCCAGGAUCAGGGGGAGAAGGAAGAAGUUCUGGGAAAAAGCAGUGGAUAUUGAAGAACUUUGUGGACCGGAUGAAGCAUGGUGGGGUGUUCGAGGAUACAUGCGAGAUAACUUUAAUCACAGUAACAAACCAAUUACCUACACAGAGCAUUUCCAGAACAGCCGGUUCGUGGAAUCAAUCCUUGAUGUUUAUUGGGAGCUUCCUCCAGUGGCGGGUCCUUCCCUCACUCACCAGACCAGAUAUGACCCUGCUCGUGCACCACCACCUAUCAUUGAAGAUGGCCGAUAUGGCCUAUUCCAGAGGCUUGGUUUGACCAGACUUGAUACGUCCGUGUUCAAUGGAUAUACUCAGUUGGUUUACAUUGAGAUAUCCAGGCAGUGAUUUUAGUCUUUCAGAGCUGUCUGGAUGGAGAGGAUUGUUUAGCUUUCACUAGUUUGUUAAUAUCAAGUGAAUCUUUU